AUGGCUAUAUUAUAUGAAUUACAUACAUUAACAACAGAUAAAUGCAUUUAUAAUUGUAAUACAUGUCGACAACAAUGCGAUAUACGUUAUCAUUGCACAGUAUGUGAAGAUUUUGAUCUAUGUGAAAAAUGUUAUAAUAUUGAAUCAAAUCAUGAACAUAAAAUGGAUAAAUAUAAUACAUUAAAUAUUAAUGAUAAAUCUAGCAUUAUCACAUACUGUUAA